AUGCCUCCGGAAAUCGAGGCUUUACGCCUUGCCGUUCUUUCGACAAGGAAUCCAAAGAAGGAGAAGAAACCCGAGCCGCCGAUAAUCGAAACUACCCCUUCCGAGGUCACCUCAGAAUCCCAACAA